AUGUCGAAUGCACUUACUAUCAUAGCCUCCUUCAGCUUGGAUCAUGUUUUCUCAGAUGAUCAUGCAGGUUUUUCGGAGGAGAGAUUCAAGGCGGGCCGCUGGUAUCAUCCUGGUGUCCAAUGGCGUCAGUCAAGUCGUGGUCUAUUCUGCAUGCAGCUAAAGCAGCCCCUCGUCGCGAGCACAAUCUUUUCCACCCAUCUUGUAUCCGCGCUCUUCGAAAGGACCUACCGGUCUUCUCCACUGGCCAUUCAACCGCUGAGCAUGCUCUUCCGCGCUGCCUCGUACGAUCCAGACAACACAACUGUCUUCCUCGUCUGCCCCACCGGUUCUGCAGUCGCACAUCCCGGCCCGGUAAUAUACGACAGCGCGGGCGAGCUAGUCUGGGCAGACCUCUCCAUUGGCGCGUGUUUUGACCUCGACUUGCAAACAUAUCGUGGCGCGCGGGUGCUCACUUUCUGGGUCGGGAAUGGGAAUGCGGGAAUCGGCAAGCAGACUGGGAACGGGACAGGGAAGAUAUUCGAUGAGCAGUAUGAAUGGGUGGUGAAUGUGUCGGCAGAGAACGGGGGCGUUUGCAUUGUCAUGAGCUUUGCAUUGUGCGGCCAGAGAAUAAGACGUCACCAGCGUAUAAUCCAGUCCCGGUAUUCUUCUACUUUGCACUGA